GCCGGCGCCGCCCGGGGGGACCGGGCAGCCGGCGGGAACGGCAGUUCAGCCCCGCUAGUUUGGCUGCCGUGUUUGCCAGGCCUCUCGGACACGGGGGACGGCUUACUUCUGAGCUGAGGGCUUGGAAAGGCUCCCCGUGGCCAGCGCUUUCGUGGCCUAGGUCUGUGAAUCAAGUGUGUGUGGAAAAAUCACUCAUGUUCAGAAGUAACACCCCUUAUCCUACUGAUACCGUUGCUGUCUCUGGUGGACAUGAUCUGCUCUUCUGUGUGCAGCUGGAUGACGCAAAGCUGAACUAUUUCCAACAGCCACAGGAUAUCAAAGAAUCUGAUUUUUGUAAGUUCUUAGAGAAGUAUGGCAAACACUCUUUCUUAGCACCGUCAGAAGUCCAGCCAUCAUUCUCUGCCUUUUACCGGGCUGGUGACCCAAUCCUAAUCUACUUUGAUUCAUCAUCUGUACUGAGCACGCUUAGACAGCCAGUAAAAAUGGGAGCCAGUGGACUUUGUGUUGAUGGAAAUCCUGCUGGCUUCCUGGACAGUAAAAGUACAAGCUGUACUCGGAUUUUUGCCAACUUGAGCAAGAGCUGCAUUACUGACCCUGCCCUAGAUGCUGCCUCCUACUACCGUGACUUCACUGUGCUAAAGGUCCCAAUUAAUGACAACAUUGUGCAGUCCAUGAAGGUAAAGGUCACUGCAGUCGCACCACCUGGAGCUCCCCACAUGAAAGACAACACAUGUAACAAUGUUGUUUCAGAGGUGAUCUAUGAGAUAGAAUUCAGUGGCACACAUGGGAUUCAGAGUGUUUCUGUCCGCUUCAAAGUGAGCAACAUCUCUGAGAACUCGGGAUCCUCUCUGCAGCAGCACUUCACUUUGCACUUCUGGACCAGGACUCUUUCUCAUAUGUUGCCUAGAAGUGGAAACCCUGGCUAUAUCACUGGAGCACCACUGUUGAUUGCAAACAGUGGUGCCAAGCAGCAUAUGAGCAUUUUACGGAGCGAAGGUGAUGGAAGUUGCUCACAGUUCAUCAGACACACAGUACAAUUUGGAAGAAAUAUGAGGACAGACUGCAAGCUCAGCCUAUCCCCAAUACUGGAAGAAAGUAACUGUAGUUACAUCCAGCAGAAGUUAUACAAGGCUUUUCAGGGGAUGAACAGAGCAGAGGACCUUGCUAUAACUGGUAGUGCUCAUUCAACCCAGGCAGAAGAGUGGACAACCAUUCUGAUUCAGAAGUGCAGUGUGCAGGCUGUGAAUUGCACUUCCUGUUGCAUGGUUCCUGUGACCCUGGAGAUACAGAUAUUGUGGACGAAGGUGGGCCUCCUGUCCAACCCACAAGCUCAAAUACUGGGUGCACGGUACUUUUAUCAGUGUCACCCCCUGAAGCUACUAAGCACAAGCAGGGUACCUUUGACAACUGUCGUUACCUUCACUGACAUGACAGAAUGGCCAGAACCUCCACGAGGCCAGCCCCAAAUGCACUGGAAACUCCCAUUUGACAUCUUUUUCCCAUUCAAGGUGGCACUGAAUUUGGAAAGAAGUUAUAGAGGUGAUCUGGCUGGCUAUUUUUUAUUGAUUCUAAUAAUGUCUAGUAUUCUCUGCUUUUGAAAAGUCACAUAGAUGGGGCCUGUACUUAAAGUUCAGUAAGUGAAUUGAUACAUUCAGAAAAUGAUCCAGACCAUAGACUUUUCUCCUCAGGUUCUUAUACUGUGCCUAUGAUACCUGUGUGCCUUCUGUUUAUGGAUUAAGCCACAUGACUAGCUUCUGUCCUGUGUGCUCUCAUGCCCCUAUUCUGUGUAUGCACCAUCUGUGAACCUCACUGCAGUGAAACUCUUGAGAGAUGGAGGGAUCAGGAGACGUUGCAUUAAUGAGGAACAAGGAGGAGGAUGUUAAAAUGACCGUUCCAUGUUCCCAGAAACCAAGAGUGCUUUAUAAACAUAGGAGUACGGAGAGAGGUUCAAAUCCAAGGAUUUUGGAGCUGCAUUCAGUCAUCUUCCUGUUGGAGAAGCACCUGAUUUUUCUACAUUAAACUAACUGAACAUCUAAAAUACAGGAGUCCUCCCAGGUGACCUGAAUUAUUAUUUUAUGAGUAGACAUGUCUGCCAGUCACCUUUCACCUGCCCUUGUUACUUGACAACCAUACCUCUGUGACAGUUUU